AUGGACGCAAUCAGAAUGGAGGCAAACGACCUCUGGAAUCAUGUAGUGGCGACCUACGACCCUUUUACAAUCAAGUUCGCCGGCAUUACAGCCGUCAGCCUCUUCAGCUGGUGGAUACCCUGCAUCGGCUUCGCCUGUCUUGAAUACAUGGCACCGUCUUUUUCUGAGAAGCACAAGAUGCAGCCAACAUCCAAGAAGGUCAAGCCCAGAGAUGUCUUACGCGCAGCCGGCAUGGCGCUUUGCAACGAUCUUCUCAGCAUCCCGAUGUAUAUGGCUCUGUCAUAUGCCUUUGCAGGAAAAAACCACAAAGCCGUUGUGGGAGUUGUCCCUGACCUACCUACACCGACUGAAUUUGUUCUUGGAUUUGUGCAGAAUUUAAUUUUGCGCGAGACCUUCAACUACUAUUGGCACCGCCUUGCACACUGGAAGCCACUGUAUAGGCGAUUCCACAAGGUGCACCACGAGUUCACAGCGCCGGUUGCCUUUGCCUCCAAGUAUGCGCAUCCGCUUGAGUAUCUUACGGUUGACUCUCUGCCGGUUUUGCUACCUCCACUAAUACUGAAGACCCAUAUUGUCACUACGUGGGCUUUCAUGUAUUUGGUCUUGUUCUCGUCGACGGUGAUUCACAGCGGCUACGACUUCUUUUACGAGGCAGCUUAUAUGCACGACCGUCACCACGAAGGAGCGGCGAAUGUGUACUACGGAUCCUGGGGGCAACUUGGCAUGUUGGAUUGGAUUCACGGAACUGUUGAGAAGGACCGCAAGAGAAGACGCACCAAGGCAGAGUAA